AAAACUCAUAGGUUGAGAUAAAAUAAACCAGUUUAGUGACUGUAAUAAAACAAUAACAAUAAUAGAAAGUACAAAUGGGUGAUGCACAAGGCGAUUGCUCAGCACCCACCGACCGAUACCCAGCCAGCGCCCCCGACAGAACGGAGAUCCUGCCGUCACAACACACAGCUCUGGGGCUGUGUUUCCUCCCAGCUGGAGAAAAUUAACUCUAUCCCAGCUGAAACCAGGACACUGUUGUAGCAGAUUAAAGCUACUCUGCGAGUGUGGGAGAGAACUGGACACGGGCGAGCAAACGCUUCAGCUGAACCCCCCACGGUCCCUCAACCACUUCCCUCCAUUUUUGAGGAUGGCAGAGGGAGUCCCCAGCAGCCCCAGGGUGGUUUGGGAGGAGGUGGGGGCUCUCCAGGAGAGCAGCUCUCUUCCAGAGCCCUGUGAGGUGUCCACAGUCCAGACCCUGCAGAUGGGUGAGUAGAGGGCUCCCCAGGGCUGGCUCGAUGCCGGGACCCCAUUUCCUCGGCGUGGGGCCAUUUAAAGCUCUUCGCCACCUGGGAGGCUCGUUGGGAAGGUGGCACGUCCUACUGACUCUUCCUUGUUACCUGUAGGCGAGACACUGACGGAGGAGGAUGCAGAGCUCACAGAGCUCCAACCAAGACGGGAUUCUGAGAGCACCUCAUUGCUUUCUUUGCUUGACAGCAGCGACAUGACAAUGGUGUCUGGUGAAUACCUCCAGCCUUCUCAGAGGAUGGACAUUCUCCUCGUGGCCAUUGAGGCCUUGACGGCAGACGAUGCCAGUGACAGGCAGAUGGGCAGUGACAUCGUGGACAUGGCCGUGAGGGACCCCGCGUCCUGGCUGAUGAAUGUGCCAAAAGUGAUGAGAUACAUCCACAAAAAUGUGGAGCACGUCUGCACAGAGCCAGCCCGGAACAGCCUGGACUCACUGCUGCUGCUGCUGACCAGCUGGAGCUCCAGGGAGGUGGUCAGGAGCCUGCUGAGCAUCUCUCCAACAUGUGACAGCGCUGCCAUGGCCAUGUGGGAGGUGAUGAUCUCCAUGCCCUGGGAUUUAUUGACCAUCUUGUCGGAGCUGGUCAGCGUGCUGGAGGACUGCCGGGAGCGCAGGGUGUUCAGCUCUGCCGUGGAUGACGCCUGCAUCUACCCCUUGGCUCUCCUAGUCUGCACUGACAUUGAUGACAAGGACUUUGCUGCCCUCUACAGUGCGCAGAGGUUCCUGAGGCAUCCCAGCCCGGUGAUGCUCUCGCUGGUGCUCACGGGCCUCACCACACUUUCAAAAACACCCGAAACGGCAAGGAAAAUGCUGGUGCUGCUGCCCGACAUCACGGAGAACUUUCUGGCAGCCAACGCUGAUGUCAGGAUGAAGGCCCUGAUUCUCUUCAUCAACAUGAUGGGUCACAUGAAGAGGGAAGAGGCCAACCUCAUCUCCCUGAGGCUGGCAGAGAAGCUCCUGCCCCUCUUUGAUGAUGAGUGCAGCCGGGUGCGGGAGCUCUCCAUCCGCCUCUUCAAAGACGUGAUGAAGACCAUGGUGGGGAGAAACAAGAGAAAAAUGAUGAAGACAGCACAGAGUAUCCUGGUCCCACUGUUAUUCCGUAUGAGUGACAAGGUUGAGAGCGUGGCCAAGGCUUCCCGGGACACCCUCAGCGCCUGUGGAGACUUCCUGGGCUGGAGGACGCUCAGCUCCAUGGCCAAGACAUGGCAGACAGACCUGAUUGGACAGUGCUUGAUAACACACAGGAAGAGCAGGGUGGACGAAUACCUGCUGCAGUGCCUGCCCUACUUGAAGGAUCCUCAGGCCACUGUGCGGGAGGCAGCCGUCAGGUUCAUCGGUCUUGCUGUGCGGCACCGGAGGACCCUCAUCCAGGAGAGUGUGGGGGACAUCUGUGAUGGUGAGUAG